GUAGAAAUAAAGGGGUGGGGGCAAAAGAGGUGAGUAUAAAAAGUCUCAGUGUGGGGAAUUAGGAAAUACUCCUCAGGAGAAAAAUACCCAGAGAUACUUGAGACAUCUCGCUGCAUAAUUAUCUUCAACGACAGGCAGAUAAACAAGCCCCAGGAUGAGGAGCCUGCUUCAGUUUGUGGCCGUCUGUGCUGCUGUCUCUCUCUGCAUCUGCUAUGAGUCUCAUGAAAGCACAGAAUCCAUUGAAGAUCUGUUUGUGCCGCCAAACAGAGCCAACUCCUUCAUCACGCCGCAGAGGCCCAACGUAUACGUCCCCACCAGAGGGAACAACUUCAACUAUUACAACAUGAUGAGGACGAUAAAGUCUCCAGCAGAGCGGCGUGCAGAGGUCUGCGAGGACUACUCCCCCUGUCGCUUCUACGCCUACCGUCACGGCUUCCAGCAGGCCUAUCAGAGGUUCUUCGGCGCCCGAGUUCAGCCGGCGAGACCGACCGUGAGCCGUCGAUACUGAGCAGUCAAACAUCCAUCCAUCCUCUCCACAUAUAAUUUUUAUGAGUCGAUGUUUUUGUGGCUGCUUCUGGGUGUGAAUGAAACAUUUUAUAUAAAGAAGCAUCCAGAACGUUCAUGUCCCAUCUCUUGUGUAUUCUCAGGAUAAUUUUUAUCCACUAUAUCACACUUUCGCAGCAGUUAUGAGCUUUAUUUGAAGUGUCUGUACUCAAUAUCCACUAUCUUGUAUUAAGCAUUUAUUUAUCAGUUUGUUUCCCUUGCUUUGAGUGAAUAAAAAUCCCUUUGUUGGGUUUGUCCUUA